CUUAAAUAUGAGCGGGAUUUUAUGACUGCCGCUUGUAGAUACUGUGGAUAUACAACGAUGUCCAAUGAUACUCGAAGGGAUUUGCUUCUUGGCAUAGAUAAUAUGAUUACUGAAUUGCUUCAUGCUGUCCGACUCGAGCGUAAAAUAUAUGACCAUAAAUUUAGUGUGAAUGACGAAUCGUCGAAAACUCAUGAAGUAUCCAAACCAUUUUUGCGUAGUCUUAGCUUAAAAGAAGAGAAAACAUUUGCUUUUCCAACAGCAAGUAAAGCAACACAAACAGUGCCAGUAACUUCCUGCGUCUGUGAUCUACCAACUGAUUCGAAACAAAACAGAGAUUAUGUGUUGCAUCAAACUUCUGAAACGUCAAAUUAUGCAGCAACAAAUAUCACUCCGUCUUCAAGGCAGUCUUGUUGUCUAUCCAAAGCACAUUGUUGUAGAGUAGACAAUUAUGGAUGCCUAACAAUUAUGUGUUCAUCCCAUUCAAAUCCAUCAGUUAGCUGCAGUUGUAAACAUUAUCAAGGAAGAUGUUGUUCAACUCCUAAAUAUCCAAAUAUUGACCUCAAUCCCAGUGGGUACACAGUUCAUAAUGGUCGUAUUUCAUUGAAGAAGACUAAGAGUUCUUGGAAUGGACGUUAUGUAUCUUCUACAAGUGGUUGUUCCACUGGUGGUUGCUCUACUGGCCAUAAGCAUUCACAUAAUUUAAUCACUUCAAAUUCUCCUUCUGAUGAAUUGUUCAAUUAUAGAUCCGAUUAUUCAUGCUCAUGUCGUAUGCACACCUCACUAAGACGUUCUUGACCAUGCUUUAGUUUUCAUAUAUUUGUACAGAAAAGUUAUGCACUUUGUUAAUUUGUACUGACUUACUUUCCUCUUUUUGUAUACUUCUGAUAUUCUCUGAUGUAUGGAGAGUUGUUAAUCAUUUUCAACAAAUGGCGUCUAAAACUUGUGAAUAAUCCGUAUUAUCAUCUUGUAAAUGUGAAACUGUAUGCUAUCGAUGAUUGGUACAAUAGUGGCCUCUAUGGAAUAUGUAAAAGCCGAAGUAAUAUAAGACGUUAAACCGGAAAAAAUGUGUCGUUCGAGAAAAGGCUUUUCCAUGAUCUAAUUUUAGCGAUUUUCAGAUGUUUCUUGUAAAUCAGUUCAUGUUCCAUCCUUUAAAAAUGAUUGAAAACGAAUGACUACUCAUGACAACUUGAAUAGAUGCACUUCUGCACCAAGUUGUAUGUUGAUUUGUCUGUUUUUGCUUAGCAAUGGUGUAUAUCUAAUUUUUAUGAAUUCAUUUUUGUAUCAUUCUAUAGCAUUUUCAUAUACCUGUGUUAUUCAAU